AUUUAGUCUAUGACAUGUGUGUAGUAAUGUAGUACGCCGUGUUGAGAUUCGCGCACGUGAUUUUUAAAAUCAUUUUCUCCUUUUUCGCAAAGAUUGUAUUUUAUUUGUUAAAAUAUCGUAUAUUAGAAAAGCUUUAAUGUAAGAUUCUAAGAUCUUAAUUCUGACUUUUUAUUUACAUUGAUAAAGCUAAAUCAAGAAAGGAAUUAUUCAUAAGAGAACAAUAUAAUGGAUACUAGGACGAGUCUUACACUUGAGCCUACAAGAAAUUCAUUUACUUGCCUAGCAUGUCAUGUAGUAUUCACUGAUUCACAAGCGCAUAAGAUACAUUACAGUUCCGAAUGGCAUAGAUACAAUUUGCAUAGGAAAGUGAGCGAGUUACCUCCAAUUACAUACGAAGUGUUCCAGAAUAAGAGCACAGUUUAUAACAAGGACAAUGCAAAUGAAACCAAGAUAAAACAAGAUCAGAAAUGUCAAAUAUGUCGAAAGAAGUUUAAGAAUGAAAAGCAGUACUAUAAUCAUAUUGUUUCUAAGACUCAUAAAAAGAAAAUGGAAGAAAGAGAUAAAGUUGUAGUUUCCAACAAAGAUUCGAUAAACAUAGAGAACGUAAUGGAAGUGGAAACAGAUUCGGACAUAGAGUCUUUGGAUUCGAAUGAAUGGCUUGAUGACUUAGAAAAUCCUAUUGAGCGUAAUGAUUGUUUGUUUUGUGACCAUCACAGUAGAUCUGUCACACGUAAUUUAAAACACAUGAUGGUAGAACAUUCAUUCUUUGUGCCUGAUCUUGAGUACUGUAUUGAUUUAAAAGGCCUGCUGCUGUAUUUAGGACAAAAAAUAUACAGUGAAUACAAAUGUAUCUGGUGUAAUGAUUCAGGAAGACAAUUACAAAGCAUAGGAGCAGUCAGAUCGCAUAUGAUUGACAAGGGUCAUUGCAUGAUGUUGUAUGAAGGAGAGACACUACUUGAGUAUAUGCAGUUUUAUGAUUAUUCGUCCAGCUAUCCAGAUGCUAAAGACGCCGAUCCGGAUACAGAAUCGCCGAGACAAUCGAUGAUUCUGGAUGAUGAAGGAUAUGAAUUAAAGUUACCGUCCGGCAAGGUGAUAGGUCAUCGUGCCUUAGUGCGCUAUUACAAGCAGAAUCUGAAUCUUGAGCCGGUUACAGUAACUAAAAAUAGUGGAGAGAAAUUACGCAAGUUAUUACUACAAUAUAGAGCACUCGGUGAUUCGGAGAUGCAGAUGGAAGCCGCUCAGAGAAGAGCUCGGGAUGUCAAAUACUUGCAGAGAAUCCAAACAAAAUAUUCAACGCAAUUGCAAAUAAAGCAGAACAAAUUGCAAAAGCAUUUUAGGAGGCAAACAAACUUUUAGAUUCAUUAAUUUGUUUUUGGUAUUUGCACUAUCAGAAUGUAUUUAAUAUCUAUGAUAGAAACUUAUUUUUUAGAAAUUCUAGCGCAUUUUAUUUCUAUUAAAAAAAGAAAAAAGAACAAGAAAAUAUUUUUUUAUUGUAUAUCAGACAUGUUCGGCAAUUAAAAAGAAUUUUCUUUACAUAUUUUGGAAACAAGCCGCAAGAAGACUUUGAUAUUUUGUUAUUGUACAUGUACAUAUACAAAAGCAAAAAAAUAAA